AGUGAGAACGACGCAAUCGUGACAUAUGCGGCGCAGAGUGACUCCCACGCGCGUGUGCGCGCGCUCGGCAUUGUUUUGGUCCGUGGUUUUGGUCUGUGUUGUGCGCUGGGCGCUCUCCUUGACAGGUCAAAUUACACAAAGAUCCAUUAAUUUUUAUUAAUUUUGAUUUACAUACUACCCCUGCCUUACAAUUGAUCUAAACAUUCCUGAAGAUAGAACGAUAAUGGACAGCUCGAAUAAUCUGAGCGAUGUCUUCCUGCAGUAUAGUGCAUACAUGGAAGAUGAACAAAGCCUAAGAGAGGAGAUCCGCUCUCAGGUCCGUGAGCUGGAGCAGACGGCCCGGGAGAUGACCACACUGCUGCAGUCGGUUCACCAGCAGGACGGCAUUCAGAACAUUCCUGCCAUAUGUGAGAAAGCCAAGGGCUUGUACCCGACAAUAAAGGAGCAUUAUGCUGCUCUCUCGAAGAAGGUACCGAAGGACCAGUAUUACAGGUUUCACGACCACUGGCGGUUCGUCACGCAGCGAAUGGCGUUUGUGGCGGCGCUGCUCGUCUAUCUGGAGACGGAGCAGCUGGCCACGCAGCAGAUGGUAGCCGACGCCAUUGGAGUUGCUCUCAACAAGGAGGAUGGUUUCAUUCUGGACCUUGAAGAUUACCUGGCCGGACUACUUAUGUUGUCUUCAGAACUGUCGCGGUUCGUGGUGAACAGCGUCACGGCGGGCGACUACCUGCGCCCGUUCCGGGUGGCGCAGUUCCUCAGCGAGCUCAGCGCCGGCUUCAGACUGCUCAACCUGAAGAACGACAACCUACGCAAGCGCUUCGACGGCCUCAAGUACGACCUGAAGAAGGUGGAGGAGGUGGUGUACGACCUGUCGAUCCGAGGGCUGAAGCCAAAGCAGGAGACGUAGCCGCUGGCGGUGCGGACGCGGGCGUCCUCCAGUCAGGGGGGAGCGUCUCCACUAGCGUCGUGGGUGGGAACCAGUCACGGCGGGGUCUGUGAUCUUUUGAUAAUGUUCUGUCAUAGGUGCGUUGCGCGGAUCGGAUGUCGCCUUACUUUGUUGGGUUCUUGUUUUAGUGGUUUGUGAUGAUCUGAUCUGUCAGUUCAGCGGUGUCUCGGGAAGAGGCACGCGAUGUGUCAGUUGAGUUGUAUCAUUUCAGCGCGGGAAUGGCAUGGCUUUGAAUAGAGUUACCCAUGAACAUCAUGCAAUAGGGAAUUGCCAUGUACACAUCUUUGCAUUAAAUACAUAAGGGAUCUA